CUGGUGUUUAGUGAAAGUGAAAUCGGCCUAUUUAGGCCAAAAUGUAGGGCAAGCGGGGUUAUAAAAGUGUUUGCGUUUAAUCAAGGCACUUUUGUCUCCUCCCAUGUGAUAGACAUGAUUGCAAAGAUUAUAUUUCUCUCCGUACUUACCACCAUUGUGGUGUGCAAUCCAAUCGAAAGGUUAGGUGAAGAAGAUGACAUUCCUGUAUACACUGAAAAAGUAUCCCCCGGUAAACCAACAAAACCAGCAAGAGUGCCACGUUUUGAAUCUAAAAAACUCUCAUCAAGUUUAAAACCAGCUUCUUAUCACCAAUCAAUUGUUCCAAAACCAGAAAACCACAGACCAGAACCCGUUUCAGUAAGGCCUGUUCAAAGGGUACCCAAUCAUUUACCGAAUUCUGUAGUUGAGAAUGAAUAUCCUAGAUUGAAACCGAAGAGAGACUACAGAGCACCUAAACAAGCUUAUUCUGCUCCGCCAUUAGGAGUCCAAUAUGACGAUGAAGUACCAAAUGAACAUGGUUUAGUUCAUGACUAUGCACCACGCAGACACCAGAGUCCAUCAGAAUACGGUACAGCAGCUGGAAACGCACCUAAAUUAAGAUAUCUACCGGCACCUCAAAGAUUGGAAGUAGCUCCAGCAACUCAUAAUUCUGAGUAUGAUUCGGCUCCUUACGAUGAAUCGCCUCAACCUUACAUUUUCGGAUAUGAACUGAAGGAUGAAAGUGGUGCUACUCAGAGUCGGAAAGAGCAAGGAGAUGAUUACGGUAACAAAAGAGGAUCCUAUGGUUACACAGAUGGAUAUGGUAUAUAUCGUGAAGUGGAAUACGUAGCUGAUGCCCAUGGAUUCCGAGCCAUUGUGAAGACGAAUGAGCCAGGCACAGAAAAUCAAAACCCAGCUGAUGUUGAAAUACAUUCCGAAGCAGCAAAAUACUGAAUAUAUUAAGAAGUGUAUGUAUUUUACUUGAACUAUGAUUGUUAAGUUUUGUUAGAGUUAUAUUUAGAAAAGUAUUUAGAAAUAAUUGUCUAUACAACGCAACAUUUUAGAUGAAUGUUAUAUUGAAUGAACAAGAACUUAUUUUUAGAGUGAACUUUAAAAUGUAUUAUUCCUCAGAAUUCAUUGCCAUACGUUUUAUUGAUAAUAUUAAUUUUCGUAUAAAAUAUUUAAAUAAUACUUCUGUAAUAUAAAUCAAAUUUUUUCCUUAGUUUAAAUUAUGUAUAUAACAAAUUAACUUAUUUAUUUUAAGCAGAUUAAAAUCUAUAUCUGAAGAAAAUUAGAAAUAAUUUUAAUUUUUUUUUUACUUGUAAACUGAUUAAAUAACACAAAGGAAGAAACACUUUCAUAAGAAGAGCAUUAGAAAUGUUCGUUUUUACAGAAGUUUUUCAAUGAUUUUUUGCAUUUGUUUGCAAAUGAUAUUUGUACCGUAUGUCAAAGACAUUAUUUUCAUCUAUUAUUGUAAAUACAAAGUUGAUGUGCUGUAUAUUUAUUUAUAAUUAAAAGAGUAGUAUUUAUAGAUCACUCUAACAAAUCUAUCAAAUAAAGAUAAAACUAAUUUAUAAAUUACUUUUCUAAAUUAAACUUUUAAAAUUGGAAAAGAAUGAAUGAAAAAUCAACAAAAACUAAAUAAAUAAAAAAUUUCUAAGCAAGGAUUACUAAGACAUAGAAAAUUGAUGAUUAACUUCUGCUGCAUUAUUUCACUUUUUUAAUUUUCAUGCGUGCAAUGUGCCAAAAACAAUUGAUAUUAACUAACUUGCCUUCCACGUUAAAACUAGCAAAGCGAAUUAAAAUACAAUUUACCAUAAAACUUUUUAAAUUAUUAUCAUCCCUACUUAACAUCAUUACUACAUUUAAAUGAAAUAAAGUGGCAAUUUUUUCAAAGAAACGAAAAUAAUUUUUUUAUCCAGGUUGUAUUGUUAAAUCUUUUGUUAUUGAAUUUAUAGAAUUAUCAUAAUUCAAGCCAUAUUUACUUUUUUUCUUUGAUUUUUUUCUCUCAUUAUUUAUAUUCAUUGUUGUUUGCAUAAAUGUUUAAAAAAGUUGAAUGAAAGAGAGUUUAUUAAUAACUUGUAUUUACUUUAUUUAUUUUUAUUUAUUACCAUUGAAAUAAACAUUUCUUUAUGUGUGUGU